AUAUCGCUAUCCCCGACUGCCCAAUAACUAUCCGUUGAGUAUAAACAUUCUCCCUGCCUUUGACCUAUAAAAGGUAGUAACCUUUGACUGUGAUUAUUCUAACAUAUAGUCACUUAUAAUUACUGACUCUGAAAUUCCAUCAUGUCCUCUACCCCAGAAGCUAUCCUAGCACAGCUCCAAGCUGCAGGCUCCGCAUAUGCGGAGAAGAAACCUGGAGCGCGCGAGCAACUCCUGAAUCUAGGCUACGCCUUGGUUUCUAGCGUGGAACUACCAAGCGAAGCCAUCCAACGGAUGGGAUGGGCUGAGCCUGCCAAAGCCGCGCAUUGUCGCAUUGCUGUCGAGCUGAAGCUCUUCGAGUCUCUAAAAGAAAGCGGCCAUCAAGGGAUUAGCGCUAAGGAGUUAGCCGCUAAGACCGGAGCCGACGAAGUGCUGAUCUCUCGAACUUUGAAGCAUCUUGCUGCUACUAACGUGGUUGCGGAGACUGGUACGGAUAAAUAUAUUGCAACCGACUUAAGCAACGCCCUUACCGAGCCGAGAUUCCGCGAUGGCAUCAUCUACACAUACGACGUUGCGGGUCCAUCGUUCCGUCAUCUGCCCGAAUAUUUGAAGAGUAUCAACUACACACUUCCAACGCAAUUAACCGAUGGCCCCUUUCAAGCUGCUCAUAAAACACAACUUCCUUUCUUCGCUUGGCUAGACCAGAACCCCCCUUACUUGGAGAAGUUUAACAAUUAUAUGGGGGCAUACCGUGCCGGAAAACCUUCCUGGGUAGACCCAGGCUUUUACCCCGUCAAUGAGCGCCUCGCCGAAGGAUUCGAUGGAAGCGCGGGUGAUGGCGUCCUCCUCGUCGACGUUGGAGGUGGCUUGGGACACGACUUAGAGGACUUGAAGAAGAAGCAUCCUUCACUCCCUGGAAAACUCAUCCUACAAGACCGAGCCGAGGUUAUUUCAACAGUUUCGGGAAGUAAUGUGUUCGAAGCUAAGGCGCAUGAUUUCUUUACCCCUCAGCCAGUGAAAGAAGCCCGCGCCUAUUAUCUCCAUUCCGUGUUGCACGACUGGGGCGACGAGGAUUGUGUCCGGAUCUUGGAGCAGUUGAAACCGGCGAUAAAACGAGGAUACUCAAAGUUACUACUUAAUGAAAUCAUCGUGCCAGAUAGGAACCCAACAUGGCCGGUCACGUCUAUGGACCAACUAGUAUUCAUUCUUGGUGCCAUGAGGGAGCGCACGGAGGCACACUGGAGAAAGAUAUUGGAUCAGGCUGGUUUCAAGAUCGCGAAAAUUUAUAACUAUGAAAUGGGAUCAGAGAGCUUGAUUGAGGCAGAGUUGGUCUAGUCGUAACAAAGGGCUUCAAAACAUACAUUCCUUACAAGACUCAGAGAUUGUUUUGCGUCAUAGUAUGACAGGCAGG